CCCGCCCUGGGAGGAUGGACGGAUGGAUUUCCCCAACAGAUGCCUGAGGUUUCCAACGCAGCCGCAGCCGACGACCACGCGGGCGGGUCCACUCCCUGUUCAGAGCCCCCGCACUUCAGAGGAGCCCCCCAAGCUCCCUGGACACUCGCCCAUCAGAGGGUCGGCGUUUUCCCCGGGCCGUCCCUUCCAGGAGUAAGGCAAGACCAUUAAUCUCUCCGAGGACCAGGCCAAGCGGGCCCUGGGCACCGGCGGCCCAACAUGCAGAGGAAAACUUUUACAGGGUCUGAAAGUAAAGAAGCAAAAAUAACACCUAAACCAGAAAAUUUGGUGCCAUUUGGGGAUGUGGUUGGCUGUCUGGCUAUUCAUGUAAAGAACUGCAGUCAUUUUACACCUAAGAUCGAUUUACAGCAUGACAAUUUUUGCAUUCGUAUCUCUAUAAACAACAUUGUGAAAUUUACAAAAAUGUGUAGCUUGCUACCCCAAAAUAUACCAUUUAUGAAUAAUGAAAGGAAAAUGAUGAUUAAGUUUGAUGAAGUGAAGUAUUUUUCUGUACAGGUUCCCAGACGUCAAAAUGAUGCCCGGAAUAAAAUUUACUUGGAUCUAGUGCUAUAUGAUAAUAAAGAAAAACAUAUUUUGUUAGGGCGUGUUCAGGUACACCUUUAUGAAGUAAUUCAGAAAGGGUGCUUUACUGAAGAAUUUCAAAUGAUGAAUGAAAACACAUUUGUCUGCAGGAUGGAGGUGGACUUUAUGUUCUCCUAUGGAAACUUUGGUUAUGGAUUUUCACAUCAGUUAAAACCUCUUCAGAAAAUUGUUGAGCCACCUAUGUUUAUGAAUAUUGCACCGCCUCCGGAAAGAACAGACCCUGUGACAAAUGUUAUUAUACCACAGUCAAUAGAAUAUCCAGCAUUCUUAUCCCCAGACCUCAAAGUUACUGUUGGGAUGCCACCUCCCGUAGCCCAACCCAACCAGCCCACUGCAGUGCGACUUGAAAAACUUCAGCAACAACCUCGGGAAAGGCUGGAAAAAAUGAAAAAAGAAUAUAGAGAUCUGCCUACAUGGAAAGAAAAAGCUACAUAUUUAGAAGGAAUUCUUAACCCUAAAUUGGAACCUAAUAAACUUAAGGGAAGUAAUACCUAUGAGGUACCUGAAAGCCAAUUUGAAAAGAAGCCUGAAGAUACUGUAACAUCAGAUAUCUCUUAUAGAAAUAAGGAAGUUGAAACUAUUCCAACUGAGUUACUGGGUAAUGAUGAUAAGAAAGGCCAGACUCUACCAACUUUGAACCGGCAGGAUAGAGAUCAUCCAAAGGAGUCUGCUCCUAAAAGGGAUGAACCAGCAAAACAAAGAGCUGCUCCAGAGUUCACUAUUCCUAACCUGACAAUAACCGAAGGGAACAAAAUGGUACCUUUAGAGGAAUACCAAUAUGAAGCUCCAACAGACAGAAAACUGCAUAAUAAAUCCUCUCAACCGGAAGAAAAAGUAUUAGCUAAACAUCCAAGCAUUUUAAAACCAGAGACAUCUGCAUCAGAGAGUUCAUAUUGUUCAUUUAACACGCUGGAUGAAUAUGUAAAGCUCCCUGGUUUUAUACAUGAGUUAAUGCAAGAUAAGAACUGCGGAUGGCUAAAUACAAAUAAAAAAGGAAAAACAGUGGCUUUUUUUCAAAAACAAUACAUGGUAGCAUCUUUGAGACCAGAACAUUCAGAACCCAAACCAAAAUAUCAGAAUUUCAACACCAAGGACGAUUUUGAUCCUUUUCUAAGGCUUACAAACAACAAAAUACCAGCCAGUAAAAGGAACAAUGAAGAUAUGUCUAAAUAUAGAAACACUUUAAGUACAGAGGUUAUAGAACACGAGGACCAAGAUCCUCCUGACCCAACACAUUCCAAACCUUCAAGCCCUACUGAUACAAACCAGCCCAGUGGUCUUGAUAGCAGCAUUGUAGACACUAAGACUGUAGACACUAAGAAAGAGUUAGCCCCUGAUCCUGAUACCAUCACAAAACAGACUGUAAGCAGUAAGAAUAAUUUAGACUGUGAUCCUACCAUCACCACAAUAAAGAGUUUAGAUAUUAAGAAUCAGUUGAAGGAAAGACUACCAAAUACAUCUUUGCCAAACUUUAAAAGAGAAUCAUCACCGACUGAAAGUGUAGAUGUACAUAGAGGUCGCCUCUCAAAAUCAUUAAGUUUUACUGACCUCCUACACAACUUACAGCAAUCUGUGGUGCUCAGCCCACGUUUAAGUAAAAAUCUUGAAGACCUUUUAGAUAAAAUAUUUUCUAAAUCAAACAUUCCUAAUGACACUGAAGCAGGAGAGAAAAGCCAUAAUUCUCCACUUCCACUUGUUCAUGAUAAACCACCAAGAAGUUUGGAAGAUAAAAUACUUGAAAAAAUCCAAGAUUUAAAUAACUGGCUUUCAAAAGGAGACAUUUUGAAUUCAGAGUCUCCUGUAAAUCCAAAAAUUAAAGAUAUUCCUGGAGUUUCAUUGUCAGAAGAUGGGCCAGGAAAUUCUCUAGAGGUGGAAAGGGACCUUGUCUCUGAAAACCACUUGAAGGACGGUGAGAUAGCUUUUCCAAUUAAAAAAAAAAGUAGUGUCAAAAAGAAACAUUUAGAAAGUGAAGUGUCGAGCGCCGAACCAGAUUUCAAUAGCAUCGCACAUGAUUACAUUAUAAAGCAGAUAUUCACUGCCCCAUUCCUCUCCAAGUUGGCGAUGGGAGUGGAAGAAUUGAGUGAGACACAGCUGAGCUGGCAGAAUCAAUUACCCACAUCUUGGGAGAGUUUAUAUUCAAAUAUUCCAGGUCACUAUGAAGAAAGCGAUGAUGGGGAAGAAUUGCCAGAGGCCAGAUCUGUUGCAAGCCAGAUAGUGCAAGCAUUUCCUGUAGAUACUCUUUUAGGAUCUGGGAUCAUCAAAGUGGUAGAAUUAGAUGAUGGAGGCCAGAAGAGUUCUUUGCUGCACACAGAAUCAGCCUUUGCUGGAGAAAAGCCAAAGGACUCCACAGACGAUUAUUCAGAAAUCAAGAGCAAAACAGAUUUUCUUGCAAAGCAGAAUAUACCCAUCAUUCCCAAAGAAACCACUUCUUUUUUGAAUAGAGCCACGUUUAUAGACAAAAGCCAAAAUACAUCCACACAAGAUACAAAAUAUCAGUCAACACCAGAUGAAAAAACAGAUUUGCCAAGUAAUCGUCAGAGGCUUGAUAGAGAAGAAAAUGAUCUAAAUUCUACCUUAGAAAAUUUAAAUAACUUGUUAAUGGGUAAACUUAAUGAGCCAGAUGUAAUAAAGUUAAAAUCCUUUUUCAAAAACAUAUUUAAUGUUUUUUUAAAACAUAAUCAGUCUGAAAAGAGAAGACAACCAGAAAAAGAAUUAGAGAAACUAAUCCAACAUCCUUUUCUAAAUAAUGCAGAAGACCUUGAAGAAAUCAAAGAGAAUUUUGAGGAAGCAGACAAAUUAGAGAGAAAACCUAAUUUGAAUCCAAAGCUGCGUGUAUUUCUAGAAACACUCUCAGAGUCAGAAAUUAAAAAAUUUAAAUCUGAGUUAAGCAGACAUAUCCAGCAUUACCUUAUAGAAAGACUUUCAGAAUCAGGACAUAUCACCAAAGAGGAUUUACCUAAAAUCUAUCAAAAUCUGUAUUUGAUGAAUGAGAAAACAGAACCAAAAGGGCAAAAUGUUUCUCUGGAGAAAUCUUCAGAAAUUGUAAAAGAAACAAUGUCUUUUGUAGAUAAUUUUAAUCAUCAUUUCAUAGAUAAACAUUUGGAAAUAAGGCUGAGAUCCUUUUUAAACGAAAUUCUGCAAAACUAUUUCCAAAAAAACCUUUCGGAAAGCAGUUUAUUUAAAGAGACAGAAACUGAACCUAUGCACUCAAACAUAUCUUCUCUAAAUUCUAAAAGUUCUUCAGUAUCUUUUCAUGAGUUAGGACAAGACAUUUCAAAGGGGGAUUUUGGUAGAAGGCUUGAAAUAAACAUGAAAUAUCCUGUAGAUAAAUCUCUGCAAAACUAUCUUGUAGCUUUAUCAGAAAAUGAACUAUUAAGUCUAAAAGAUGAUUUAAGUAAAUACCUCCAGAUACUUUUUAUAGAUAAACUUUCAAAAUCUGGACUAAUCACUGAAAGGCAAUUAAAGGGAAUCAGCAACCAUAUAAAUUUGAUUAAUUCUAGUUUCACACCAUUUAAAUGUAUAAAGCCAGAUUUAUCUUUCAGAGAUGAAAAUAAAUUUAUGCGUGAGCAUUCAGAAAAGCAAGAUAAAUAUCCAAAAGUUAUUCAUAAAGCUACUUUACAAAAGUCUCCUGAGGAUAGAGUUGUAGAAACAGAAUUGACCAGGAAGGAGGAAAAGGAGUAUUUUCCCUUACAGAAUAUUAAAGGAAAUCCAGCAAUCAUUAGAGAACAGAAAACACUGGCUUUAAUUAAAGUACAACCUUCUUCCAACAAAAAUACCCAAGCAAUUCCAUCCAAGAAGUCAUCAGAAAGACCUACAGAUAUAGUGCUUAAGAAACAAAGGAAAGCACACGGUUUCAUGCAGCUUUCUGAAGCAGAAACUUUUGAUUUCAAAACAGAGAUUCAAAAUCCACACAGUUGGAAUGGUAAAUCAGAAAUAACUCAAUCAAACACUUGCUUUGAAAGCACACUAAAAAUGAAGUCCCUUGAAAAAAAGGAGCAGAAUAUCUAUAAAUUGAUGGUACAGGAAAGACAUGAAGUAUUGUUGCCACCGAACCCUAGGAUUCCUUAUUGCAAAAUGCCAAGUGAAGAUGAAGAAUACAUGGGUAAACUCACGUCUCCUCCCAGGGAGAGUAACACUUUAACUCAUUUCAGUUCGGAGGCUGGGAACAACCAUUGUCAGAGACUGAAAGGAUAUAAUAACAAUAAUAAAAAAGAACAUUUAGAAACACUUGCACAUUAUGAAAAAGAAAUACAAAGUCUUUAUCUAAAACCAAGUGAAAUUUUCAAUGAAAACUGUGCUAAGGUCCUUGAAUUGGUUAAAUAUAAAGUUGUGGAAGCUGAGAAAAACUCAAAACCAUCCCUCUUCCCAGAAGUAUUAAAGAAAGAAAAUCUAAAGCCCAAGGUCCGAAAAGAAAGAGAUCGUGUCAACCAACAAACGAAGUCACCUAAGACAGUCAAGAUACUGGCAACCACGCCGCCUGCCAGGAGAAGGCCAAGGAAAUCUGUCCCAAGGGCAUUGCUUCAUUGGACUGCAAGAAGAACUAUACACGAUUGUUCGGAUAGAUUUGAGGAUUUUCCUAUGACCUCAUUUCAGCAUCUUGAAAAAGCGAAAUCAAGAGCAAAGCUUUUAGAAAAGAAGCCAGAGGAGAGCCACGAUCGGUUAAAACACGCCAGACCGUGUACUGCUCCGGGGGUUAACAAGCAUCGAGAGAGCUACACUGGGAAGUUUACAAGUUUCAGCAGGCUUAGCUCAUUGAAAUGAUACCGUCCCACGUUAUGAAAUCCGUAAAACACAGCCAAAAAUUUUUGAAAGAAAAUGCUGAAAAUGUUUGCUCACUUGUAAUAUUAUCCAAUUGUUAAAUAGCUCAGAAUGAUAUGUGAGGCCAACAGUCAGAAUAUCAUUUCUCCAAUUAACAAAAUGGUUUGGAGAUCUGUCCUUUUCUGUGAUAGAAGUCAGCAACCAAAUUUCAUCUUGUUAGAACCAUUUUGUUUUAAUUAAAAUGUAAAAGAAA